UUUGAAAAUUUUGCAUUUUUACAACCAUGACAGAGAAAGACUGCAAACACAGCUUGGAUGAAAAACGACCUCCUUCACAUAAUGACGAAAGCCACCAUUCCAACGCAUCGACGACUGUUCCCGAGACGACACCGUCGUCGAAUCUUAUAUCCACGUUAAAGAAGCUAACAUUGUUCCUGGGUAUUUUGCUUUCGAUGUUCAUGGUCUCACUCAACACCACCGUCGUCGCUCCUGCAAUGAGUAUUAUUGCAACAGAAUUGAAUGAUCUAAGUUCUCAGACUUGGAUUGCCACAGCUUACCUUGUUGCUUUCAAUGCAUCGCAACCUCUUUCGGGAAAGUUCUCGGAUAUCUUUGGCAGGAAAAGCGUGCUUUUAUUUGGCAUUCUGCUGUUUUUCAUUGGUUCCUUGGUCAACGCGCUAUCCUACAGCAUGGGUGUCUUGAUCCCAGGACGUACCGUACAAGGUUUUGGUGGCGGCUGCGUCAUGUCGUUGGCCUUUAUCCUCAUUACCGAUCUUGCACCGUUGCAUUUACGGCCUCGGUUUCAAUCCUUGCUCACUGUCGUGUAUGGUCUUGCCAGUGUCGUUGGACCGCUGAUCGGAGGAGCAUUUGUGGAUAAAGUGGAUUGGCAUUGGGAUUUCUGGCUCAAUGUGAUCUUAUCCGCUAUUUCUUGGAUUAUUAUCUUUUUCUUGUUAAAGGAACCGACGGAUUCACUCAAUUCCUCCUUUCUAUCAAAGAUUAAGCGUAUUGAUUGGCUCGGUACUAUUUUUGCCAUCUCUUUUAUUUGCUGUUUAUUGUUAGGCCUCAAUUGGGGCGGAUCCUACGGGUGGAGCAGCGCUCACUCUGUUGGACCCUUUGUUGGUGCGGCUGUAUCACUGAUUGCUCUUGUUAUUACCGAAGGAUGGAUUGCGCCCGAACCCUUGUUACCGGCAGAGAUCAUGAUGAACCCAAGAAUUAUUGUGCUCUAUCUCUACAUUACUUGUUUGGGAGUGGGCUUCAUCGGCACACUUUAUUUCGGCCCUAUUCUUUUCCAAGCCGUCUUUGGCGCUGACAGUACGCAAUCCGGUAUUCGUCUUAUCCCCUACAUGGUGCUGCUUAUUACUGGCUCUAUUGGCAGCAGCUGGUUCAUGAUCUUGUUCCCAUAUGUCAAAUUGUAUAUUGUCAUUGGUGCUGUGAGCAACCUUCUCGGCUACGGUCUCUUUUACACUGUCAAUGAAUACAGCUCUUACAGUCAGCAAGUGGGUUUCCUUACAUUUUGCGGUUUUGCCUACGGUCUAUCGCAGACGAAUGUUAUCCUUGGUGUGCAAAUCCAGGCCGGAAAAAAGAACAUGGCAGUCGCCACAAGCUUGAAUAACUUUUUCCUCAUGCUCGCUUCAUCCGUGGGCGUGGCUGUAUACCAAGCAUUAUUCCAAAUUUUUCUGGGCAACAACCUCAAAAACGUGGAUUCCAGUAUUCUGGCUAUUGCCAACGACCACGGUGCCAUUGAAAAUUACCUGUAUAUCCGCAAUAUGCCAGAAUACGCGCAACGGCCAAUUAUUCAUGCUUACUAUCAAGCUCUUCAUACUGUCUUUAUUAUCCCCAUCGUUACAGGCGGCAUUGGUGUGAUCUGUGCUCUAUGUAUCAAAAACACCCGAUUCGGAGGACCCAAGCCGCCAAAGGAGCAAUCAAAGGACCAAAUCGAAGAAUCCAUCCCCUAAAUCAUCUUGACCCGUCCUUAACCAUGUAUUCACCUUGCAUCACUUCCUCAUAUUCACUCAUUUCAUCCAAUUACACCCAAUUACAUCCUACAGUGCAUAUCAAUAAUCUCUGCCUUUUUUCUCUGUGUUACCAUGUCUUUUAGAAAUAAUUGCAAACUCUGUAGGUUAACUAUUGAGCCAUUUUGUCCCCUACAGAAGAAAAUUACUUUGCUACACAUCAUAUAAUGCGCGCUGUAAUUCUCUUUUUGCUAUCCCGAUGCAAUUACAAGAAUAGCCUUGGUCUUCUCAUUUUUUUUCAUAAUUCGUGACCAUUUUAGUUGAAAAGUGCGUCAAUGCAG